AUGUCGUGUUUGCAAUGCUAUUCCGGAAUUCAUCGACGUUUACGAUGGGAACGGUUUUGGCCAAGAUUAUUAAUUAUUCUAGUUGCUAUCAUGGAAAUACUAUUAACCAUCGCUGUUCUAUGCUUAGAAUUUUGGAGUAUGAUUAUCAAUAUAAAAUAUUCAUUCUUUUUCAUUGGUUUUAUCGCGUCAUUUGUUCAUAUUACUACUUGGAUAUUAACAUUUAAUGUUGGCUGCUGUUGCCGAACAUCGCUUUCAUGCACAACGAUUACAUGCAUUGUUCACCUUCUGUCAAUUGCCAUAUCAAGUAUUAUGGUGUUCUACAAUGUUUCCUUUCUUCGAAAUCCUCAUAUGUGCCUCUGGUCAAAGAACCAAUGCAAUGGUGAACUGAAAGAUAUGCACCUCUUCGGUUUUACAAUGAACACUAGUGAUGAUAUUCAUUGGAUUAAAUUGACUUUGCUUAAAAUACAAAUUGGCUGUGCUGCAGCUAUGAUUGUUACUUGUAUGGUUUAUGUGUUGAGUUAUGUUUAUACUGUUAUUCGCGUUUAUUCAAAGAAUAAAGUCGCUGACGUGAAUGUAGUUGGAGAAUUGGCUCAAACACGAUCAACGUCACCAUCGCCACGACCAAAUUGGCCAAAUCCACCAAGAGAAUCCUCAUCCGAAUCUGACUUCUAA